AAAAACUUCAGUAAAGCUUUUGAUCGCCUCCGGUGAAGCAAGACGUCUUUUUAAGAGCCGACGACUUAAUUCAUUUCGGGACUAAACAUUCUAGCAUCAGGUUUUAACGUAACGAUGAGCACCGCCAAUGGUAAAAUUGCUGAUUCAUUGACUGUGAUAAGUCCGGAUCUGUGGCCUGAGCUUCGAGAUAUCUUCAAGCGCGAUUGGCCGGCACAUCUGGUAGCUUAUCAUACGAUUGAAAACUUCAUAGAUUGGCACCGGCGGGACCCGACGAUCAAGAAUCUAACCUGCUACAGUCUCAACGGGGAAUGGCGGAAGGACGGAACCUAUUUGAUGGUGGAUCGCUAUCAAGUGUUCCCGUACACUCUGUCUAGCACAAACGACAUUUUGGAAAGGGCCCUUAACCUGCUCAAUUGGGAUCAUGGCUUCAAGAUAAGUGGCUUCCUCGAAAGACACCGAAGUGCCGUGAUUUCAGUUUUUGAAGCCAAAGGACUCCGCAAAGUUUUCGAAAGCUGUACGCCGCUGUAUUACUUAUCAUGUAAGCAAGCCCGGGAGCUGAAAAAUACUAUCCCAGAAGGGUUUACUCUUAAGCAGUUAGGUCCAGAAGACUCAACCAAAGCGGAUGCCGUGUGGCCUUACAGACACCAAGGGUCGUUGUUCCUCCUGCAACGACUGGCUGCUUGGAAUAUAAACACCGGAUUGUACAAGAACAAUGGAGAUCUAAUUGCAUGGUGUUACAGACUACAGAACGGCGCACUCGGAGCGCUCCAGGUGGAUGCACAACAUCUGAAGCGAGGUUAUGGUACGAUGGUUGUCAUUGACAUGGCUCAACGGCUAGCGGAUAUGAAUCAGGAUUGUUUUGCGUUCGUUAGCAGCGACAAUAUUCCUUCGACGAAGAUGUUUGAAAAACUGGGCUUUCUUCAAAUCGAUAUCGCAUACUGGCUGCGGACCUAUCCUACGGUACCUUUCGAGUGGAACGAUAGUUGUGAAUAGGGGAAAUGUAAUUAUUUGUUUCUUUUCUGUUGAAUAAA